AUGAGCGACGGCGGAACCGCACGGAACGAUGGAGCGAGAGACGUUGUGCAGGCGGACGCUAUGACGAUUGUCCAGCUUAGAGACGAGUUAAGACGACGAAAAUUGAGGACGACAGGCAACAAAGCUGAUCUGGUGGAGCGGUUUCGGGCGGCGGUGUUUCUCGAGGGUCAGGAGGACGGAGACGAGAGUAGCGACGACGGUGGUGUGCGCGGUCAGGUGGAUUGCGAGUCUGGUGAUGAGUCAGAGCUCAGUGAUGCGUCGGAGGAUGGCCGGAGGCAAGGGCCGUCGCAGGAGCCGUUACGGAAACGUGAGAGGUGUUUAUUGACAUUUAAAGACGUUGAAGAUGCUAUCGAUACAUUUAGCGGUGAUGAUGGCAAGAACGUUAAGCAGUGGAUCAGAGAUUUUGACGAAACAGCAAGCCUGUGUCAGUGGAACGACGUGCAAAAGACGAUAUAUGUAAGGAGACUUUUGCGUGGAUCAGCAAAGCUAUUCGUAAAGUAUGAAGCACGAGGGAAGACGUGGAAGAACAUCAGAACUGUCUUGAAGCGCGAGUUUUCCCAGAAGACCAAUAGCCACGAUGUACAUUUUCAAUUACAAAGGAGGAAGAAGAAAACUGAUGAGACGUAUCACGAAUACUGCUAUCAGAUGUUGGAAAUCGCCUCCAGGGCGAAAUUAGAAAUCAGCGCGGUAAUACAAUAUAUAAUAGAUGGUAUAGCGGACGAUGAGGUAAAUAAAAUUGUUUUGUACGGCGCGAGAAGUAUUUCGGACUUGAAACAUAAAUUAGAUAUAUACGAAAUAAUGAAAAUUAGAUCUAGGCAUUCCAAGACGGAGGAUCGGAAAAGGAAAUUUAUACGCGCGGAAAACGAUAGUAAGCAAAUUGAUAAACGGUGCUACAUUUGCGGCGAUAAAAAUCAUUUGAUCGCGGAAUGCUCGGUGAAGAGAAAAGGCGUUAAAUGUUUUCGAUGCGGCACACACGGACAUGUUGCUGCUAAAUGUCCUACGGUAGAGAACAAACAGACGAAUAAAGAAAAAAACUGUAACGCGACGCAGGGUGAGACGAAAAGUUGUUGUAAAACCGUUGCGAUAAACUCGGUCGAGUUAUCGGCUUUAAUCGACACCGGGAGUGACAUCAGUCUGAUGCGCGCGGAUUCUUAUGUUAAAAUCGGAGCGCCGGCGUUAAUUAAGAGGCAAAUGAAAUUUCGCGGUGUUGGCUCAGAUGAAAAUGUAACAUUAGGUGAAGUAUAUGUUAGCGUUUGUGUGGACGGAUGUUUUUUCGGCGUAACGUUUCACGUGGUCCCUGAUGCGCUGUUGCAGCACGCGAUUCUUAUCGGAACAGAUUUUUUAAAUAAUGUCGAGUUGCAAGUAAAAGAAGGUGUCGUUAAAAUUUCAAAAACUGCUGAAGCAUUUUCCGAAUUGCCUGCUGUAAACAGGAUCGACCUUGGCGAUGAAGUAAACGAUGUAAACAUAGAGCACAUUAUGGAUCGAGAGUGUAAAGACGAAAUAAGAGAAAUAAUAUCGAGUUAUAAACCCGAGAAAAUUCGAGACGUAGGUAUCGAGCUAAACAUUGUGCUGAAGGACGAGACUCCUGUAUACCAGCGUGCUCGUAGGCUGGCUGUACCCGAACAAAGGACGCUUGACGAACAAAUACACAGAUGGUUAGACGAGGGCAUUGUUCAACAAUCGUAUUCUGAUUAUGCCAGCCCGGUCGUGCUGGUUAAGAAAAAAAAUGGUGCUACGAGAGUAUGCGUUGAUUAUCGGAAACUUAAUGAGAAAAUAAUAAAAACGCGGUAUCCUUUACCAAUUAUAGAGGACCAGAUUGAUCGUUUGCGAGGAGCUAAAAUUUUUAGUACAAUAGAUCUCGAGAAUGGUUUUUUUCAUGUUCGCGUGGCGGAUGAUAGUCGCAAAUAUACGGCAUUUAUAGUUCCAAACGGUCACUACGAGUUCUUGCGCAUGCCUUUCGGUUUAAGUACGUCGCCAGCAUAUUUUCAAAAAUACGUCAACGCAGUAUUUGCUGACUUAGUGGCGAAAAAUGUCGUGUCAAUAUAUAUGGAUGACUUGAUUAUUCCAUCAAAAAAUUGUCAAGAAGAGUUAUUACACUUAAAAGAAGUAUUACAAGUAGCAAGUUCGUACGGGUUGAGGAUAAAUUGGAAGAAAUGCCAGUUUUUGAAAACUAGAGUAAAUUAUCUAGGAUUUAUUAUAGAGGACGGAGACGUUACACCUUCCGACGAAAAAACUAACGCGGUAAAAUAUUUUCCCAUACCGAACGAUAGAAGAGCGGUGCAAAGCUUUUUAGGGUUGACUGGCUAUUUCCGAAGGUUUAUCCCGAAAUAUGCAUCUGUUGCACAUCCUCUGACCGAAUUGUUAAAGGAGGGAGUUAAAUUUUUUUUUGGUGACAAAGAAACGCGCGCGUUCGAUCAGUUGAAGGAGGCUUUGGCGAGAAGACCUAUUUUACGAAUCUAUUGCCCAAACGCGGAAACGGAGCUGCACACGGACGCCUCGUCACAAGGUUACGGGGCUAUUUUACUACAAAGAGAUAGCGAAGAUCGUCUUUUUCAUCCGGUGUACUACGCAAGUGGCAAGACCACCGAUAGCGAAGCAAAAUUUCAUAGCUACGAGUUGGAAGUUUUAGCAAUUAUUAAGGCGUUGCGAAAAUUUAGAAUUUAUUUGAUAGGUAUACCGUUUAAAAUUGUAACAGAUUGUCAGGCGUUCGCGCAAACAAUGAAGAAGACGGACGUCUGCACGCGGAUUGCACGAUGGGCUUUGUUCCUGCAGGAUUUUCAAUAUGUUGUCGAACAUCGGCCCGGAAAGAGUAUGCGACAUGUCGAUGCGCUCAGUCGAAAUGCAUUGCCAACUGCAAUGCUCAUAACGGAAUGUCAGGAGGGCAUCAUUGCAAGGCUGCAAAAAAAUCAAGCAGAAGAUGAGGAGUUGGUAGGCAUCCGAGACCAAGCAAUAAGUAACCAAGCGGAGGGAUACGUUAUUAAAAAUGGACUUUUACACAAGAAGUUGAACGGAGAUACGCUAAUUGUAGUUCCAAAGCUAAUGCAAAACAAUAUUAUACGACAAGCUCACGAGCGUGGCCAUUUCGGUCCAGACAAAACGGAGAAGCUGCUAAAGAUGAAUUAUUGGUUCAAGGGAAUGCGUAGUAAGAUCGAAAAGAUUGUCCGAAAUUGUAUUAGCUGUAUUCUGGCUGAGAGAAAAUCUGGAAAACAAGAAGGCUGCUUACAUCCUAUCCCAAAAGGUGAAAGUCCGCUAGAUACGUAUCACGUGGAUCAUUUGGGUCCCCUGCCGUCUACACAAAAGAAGUAUCGUCAUUUAUUCGUAGUAAUCGAUGCUUUUACGAAAUUUGUCUGGUUAUACCCCACGAAAUCCACAAGCGCAGCCGAAGUAUUAGACAGAUUGACGCAACAGAGCGCUGUUUUCGGAAAUCCGAGAAGGAUCAUUUCUGAUCGAGGAACGGCUUUCACUGCGAAUGACUUCGAAACUUAUUGUAAAGACGAAAAUAUUGAGCAUAUCACUGUCGUUACCGGAGUCCCACGAGAAAACGGGCAAGUUGAGCGGAUUAACCGUAUUUUGAUUCCAAUGUUGACAAAGUUGUCAGCACCGAAUCCUGCUCAAUGGCAUAAAUAUGUAAUGAGAACUCAGCGAUAUCUAAAUAGCGUACCUUCGAGAAGCACAGGCGCAUCGCCAUUUUAUCUUUUAUUUGGCACGCAAAUAAAGACGAAAGAAGAUCUCAUACUUAAGGAUCUUCUUGAAGAAGAAGAAGCUGCGGCAUUUUUAGAGAAACGUAGCGAAACGCGACGACAAGCAAAAGAAGCAAUCGCUAAAAUUCAGGAAGAAAACAAACGGAGCUAUGACAGAAAGAGAAAAGCACCAAGUAUAUAUAAGGAAAAUGAUUUGGUUGCCAUUAAACGGACACAAGGCGGACCUGGUCUGAAGUUUGCUGCGAAAUAUUUUGGUCCAUAUCGGAUUAAACGAGUUCUUCGGAAUGAUAGAUACAUAGUGCAGAAGAUUGGCGAAGGAGAAGGUCCUCGUAUGACAUCCUCGGCGGCGGAUCACAUGAAGCCUUGGAGCGAUUCUUCUGAAGACGCUGUUUUGGAAUAG